AUGUGCGCGUUGUAUAAAGAAUCGUAUCAGGAGGAUGGUAAAGUGGUAAUUUGUUGGGGGCAAGGUAAACAUUACGCAAAAUGUCCGAGCGGUUAUAGAUGCAAACAUUUUGAAUUUAGUGGAAUUUGCUGUCCUAAAGAAUCAGAAGAUUAUUUUUUAAAUAAACUAAUUAGCAGCAAAUUGCAGAACUAUAUGAAAAAAAACACUAACUCUAGCUGUGCGAAAGGACAUUUGAUGACGCACGAGUUUAGUGGCCGGCAAAUGCCACUCCUCGGCAAAUCCUGUCUUGACGACUUCUGCCCCGCAGACAGCAAGUGCCAUGAGCAAAAGGUGUUUGCAUAUUGCUGCCAGCGAUUAGCAUUUGAAAUUGUUUGUACACGUCACUGUUAG